UCAGCAGCAUUCAUCAUUGGUCCGACCAAAACUACUGAAUCGUUCGGAGAUUUAAGCUUUGAUUGUACGGGAUCCGGUGGUGAUCGUCGAUGGAGAACACAGACGUAUUCCCUGGGCUGCACGAUUUUCUCGAGCGGAUGCGUAAACCUUCCGCCGGCGAUUUCGUCAAAUCCAUUAAAAGUUUCAUUGUCUCAUUCUCGAACAAUGCACCAGACCCAGAGAAAGAUAGCGAGGCAGUUCAGGAGUUCUUUACCAAGAUGGAGGCUGCUUUCAGGGCUCAUCCGCUUUGGUCCGGUUCUUCUGAGGAGCAGUUAGACAAUGCUGCAGAUGGACUUGAGAAGUAUGUCAUGACAAAGUUGUUUACGCGGGUAUUUGCAUCAAACACUGAGGAUGUAAUCUCCGAUGAGAAACUCUUUCAGAAAAUGUCAUUAGUUCAGCAAUUCAUUUCUCCUGAAAGCUUGGAUAUACAACCUACUUUUCAAAACGAAACGUCAUGGCUGUUAGCUCAAAAAGAGCUUCAGAAGAUGAACAUGUACAAAGCUCCUCGCGAUAAGCUGAUGUGUAUUCUUAGCUGCUGCAAAGUGAUUAAUAACUUACUGCUAAAUGCUUCUAUUGCUUCCAAGGAGAAUGCACCUGGAGCCGACGAGUUUCUUCCUGUUCUCAUCUAUGUUACUAUAAAGGCUAACCCUCCGCAGUUUCACUCAAACUUAAUGUAUAUACAAAGAUAUAGGCGUCAAUCUAAACUGGUUGGUGAAGCUGCCUACUUCUUCACAAACUUGCUCUCUGCAGAGUCUUUCAUCUCUAAUAUCGAUGCGAAGUCCCUUUCUAUGGAUGAAGCUGACUUUGAAAAUAAAAUGGAAUCUGCACGGGCACGUCUUUCUGGUACGGGAAGCCAGUCUUAUCAAACUGAUCACGGCGCUGCACCACUCCCUCGUGAUGAACCCACUGCUUAUAAUCCCAAGAGGGAAACCACGCUUCUGCAAUCACAAUCGUCUGAUAGUCUUUCUGGGACCAACGAGACUUUGAAUCAGAACAGUGGACUACCGAAAAUACAGAAAGCUGAAUCCGUUUCAGAUUUGGAAACCAAGGGUGCUGCCACGCUCUUGAACGAUAGCAGCGAGGCAAGCAAGAUCUUUAAAGAGUAUCCUUACAUGUUCGCCAGUGCUGGUGAUUUAAGAGUGGGAGACGUUGAAGGGCUGCUAAAUGAUUACAAACAGCUCGUUUUCAAAUAUGUUUGCCUCUCCAAAGGCUUGGGUGAUGGAGCAACCUCUUUGGUUUCAUCAAGCUUACCUAUGCAGCCGUCUACUGAAUCUGAGGAUCUCACAACAGUGUCUUCGGAUGUUCAAACGAAAACCGAAACUGACCGGAGCGUUGAUGAUUUGAUGCGAGCUUUGCAAGGUGAAGGAGAUAAUGUCCAUAAACUUUCAGAUGUAAAACAAGAAGAUUAUGGGGAAGAUGUUGUAGAAGAAAGGGAAGUUAAAGAAGAAGUAGACACCGAAGACACUGAUUUGAAGAAGCAAAGUGGAGAGAGAGAGGGUGACAAUUCUAGUUCCAAAAAAGCAGAUGCUGAUUCCAAACAUCUAGUUGCAGAAGAUCAGAAUGACCCUUCACGGUGAUGAGUCUCUUGUAUUGGAUUUAGUCCUCGUAUAAAAGAAGCGCAGCUAUGAGUUUUGAUCAAAAGAAGAGUGACAACGUUUUUACCAAAAAAAAAAAAAAAAAAAAAAAAAAAAAAAAAAAAAAAAGAA